CCGGGGUGCGGAGGCGGCCGUGGUGGCACCGGGGCUGAUUUCCUCCCGGGGCUGAGGGUGGGGAGCAGAGGGGCAGCUCCAUUCACCGGCCCCGCCCGAGCGCGUCCCUGGGUGAGGGGAGCCCGCCCCCGGCGCCCGCGAGUUGCCGCCUCCACCCAUCCAGAACGGUUCUCGCCUUCCCUGCUCGCGAGCGGCUGGAAUAAGUGGCUUUUCCCCGGGUGUUUGGCGAGGGGAACUCUGCGGUGGGAAACGCGGGCACAGCCAGAAAAAUGCCCUUGGUGGUGAUGACCUAUUAGAAUCCAGGGUGAUGGACCAAAGGGACCAAAGCGUGUCAACUCUAGUCACAGAGUAUGAUAAACACUUGGAGGAAAUGAAAGAACAGCUGCAGCUUUAUCAGGUACAAAUGAGCGAGAUGAGGCUAAAAUUGGAAGAAGUCACCAAGGAAAAUGAAAGGCUGCACGCAGAGUUGAAAGAGGUUCUUGAGAAGCAACUGGAGGCUUUUCCUCCAGAUAUUCCUUCAGAUGAGGGCGUAGUGAGAAACCUUCAAGAACAACUACGACUGGCAAAGCAAGAAAAAGAACAAGCAGUUGAGCUCUGGCAGACAUUGUUACAGGAACACGAUCGACUUCAGCAGCAGUACCAGGAACGCCUGACUGAAACGCAGAUUCACGUAACUGAAAGGAAAAGGCAGAAUGAUCAACUCACUAGCUUUCAGCAGUUGACUCGGCAACUACACAUAGCCAAUGAGAAAAUAGAGUUGACCAAUCAACAGUUUCUGAGAACUGUGACAGAACAGAAUGUGGAACUAGAGCAGCUACGACAAAAACUGAGGCAAGCCAAAAUAGAUGGGCAGGCAACAAAUGCUAAGCUUCAGGAAAUGACCAAAUUGAGAGAGAAGCUUCACAGCCAAUUGGAGAGAAAGGAAGAAGACAUGAUAUCUGCUCAGGAAAGAGAAACAGCAUCUGACAAACGCUUGCAGCAAAUGCAAUCUAGUUUAAAACAAUUAGAAACCAGAUUACUUGUUACUGUCCAAGAUGCUGAACAGCUGAGAAUAGAAAGAGCAGUCCUGGAGGAACAAAUCAGAGAGCUUCAGGCCAAGGCUGCUAAUCUAGAAAGUGAGAAGUAUGAUGCUGUUGUAAAAGUCCAAGACUGCAUACAGCUCUUGGAAGAAGCUAACUUGGCAAAAAGUCAGGCACUCCUUGGGGAGAAACAAAAGGAAGAGGAGAUCAAAAAAAUGAAAGAUGAAAUGUCUCAACUUGCAGAAGAUACUGCUGCAAGAAUUAGAAAGGCAGUAAAUGCUGCAAAGCAGCAAUGUAAUGUGCAGGUUUCUCGGCUAGCAGAAGAAAUUUCAGCUCUUCAGAUGGAAUGUGGAGAAAAACAGAAUGAAAUUGAACGAGCCAUUAGAGAAAAGAGAGCAGUGGAAGAAGAACUUGAAAAGAUUUCGAGGGAAGACAGAGGGCAGGAAUCUAACAGUAGGAAACUAGAGCAGCUGUAUCAGAAGUACUUACUUGCAGAAGCUGCAAAAGAUGACCUUCAGCUAAGUCUACAGACAACACAAAAUAAACUGAAACAACUGGAAAUUAACUCUGAGGAAGAGAAAUCUCAUUGCCAGGAAGCUAUUUGUAAAUUGCAAAGCAUUCUGGAUUCAGAACGAGAAAAGAGUGCCUUUGUCAGUGAACAAAGACUAAAACUUCAGCAAGAGAAUGAACAAUUGCAAAAAGAAAUAGAGGGUUUGAGAAAACUGGCAAUAGAGGCUCAACAAAAAGCUAAAAUAAAGAUAAGCACAAUGGAGCAUGAGCAUGCUGUGAAAGAACAUGGGUAUGAAGCUCGACUCAAGGAAAUGGAAGACACCAGUCACAAGUCCACUGCUGAACUUCGAUGUCUGUUAGUAGCUCAGCAAAAAGCAACCAACCAGUGGAAAGAAGAAACAAAAAAUCUUACCGAAACUGCAGAAGCCAGGAUCAGAAAGCUAAAAAGUGAGCUGUGUCAACAAAAACUUCGUAGCCAGGAACUCAUUUCCCAGCUGGAAAUAGCAAAUAAGAAGAUAACUGAGGAUGAGACAUUAAAGAUGGAAUAUCGUGAAUACAUCGAUAGGCUCCAAAGACGACUGAGCCAGGCAGAACAGAGGGCAGCCACAGCAUCUCAACAGCUCAGCCUGAUAACUGCACAGAAUAAAAAAGCUGCUUCUCUGAAGGAUCUGGAAAAUAUUUAAACAUAUGUAUUGCUCAUUCACCAUACUGGAGUUAAGAAGAUUGCUGGAGAAACUUCAUAUUGGAGCAAUAAAGUAAAAUACACAACAAGGCUUGUAGAACUUAAACAUUCUCUGGUUUAUUCUGGUAAGAAAGGGAGCGGAUGAAGGUCCUGUCUCUGUAUGCACAAUAAAGAUUGGAAGAAGAAUGCA